AUGGUAGACGCACACUUUGUAAGUACUACUACGACUACUACGACCACGACUACAACUACCACUCCAACUACUACAACACCUACAACCACGACCACACCCACUACAACCACGACCACGCCUACUACAACUACGACCACACCCACUACAACCACGACCACGCCUACUACAACCACGACCACACCCACUACAACCACAACCACGCCUACCACAACUACAACAACUCCAACGACGACAACUACCACGCCUACAACAACUACGACUACGCCCACUACAACCACGACCACGCCUACUACAACUACGACAACCCCAACGUCGACAACGACCACACCCACGACUACCCCUACCACACCAGAAGUAUGUGAGUGGACGAGAUGGUCAGACUGUGACACCACGUGCGGAUAUGGCAUACAGUCUAGGACGUACGAGUGCUGCAGCACGUGCGAGCCAAGGAUAGAAGUGAAGUCCUGUAAACUGACGGACUGCCCUAUUCCAUCGAUUGACGGUGGAUGGAGUACGUGGUCGGAAUUUAGCGAGUGCACGAAGACGUGUGGCGGGGGAGUUCAAGUCAGGUCAAGGUCAUGUAGUAACCCUGCGCCAUCUGGUGGCGGCAAAGCAUGCCCUGACGUUGGUUAUGAACUCAAUCCAUGUAACAAACAGGAAUGCCCAGUAAAUGGGAAUUGGGGCGAAUGGUCAUGCUGUUGGACAGAGUGCAGCGCCACCUGUGGUUCGGGAACGCGAUCACGCAGACGACAGUGCAACAAUCCAGCGCCAUCUGGUGGAGGGAGCGAUUGUGUUGGUUCAGAUGUUAUGACAGAGACAUGCAACGAGAUGUCUUGUGGUGUGGACGGCGGAUGGUCAACAUGGGGUCAGUGGUCAGGUUGUCACCAAGGAACAUGUGCCAAGACGCGCAAGCGCGCGUGUGAUAACCCAGCGCCCUCUAACGGCGGAAUGCCGUGUCCCGGUGUCAGCUGGCAAUUCAAAUAUUGCCACGCGUUGUGUUGUAUGGGAGGGGUCGAAUAUCACACCAGAUAUGAUAUACAUUGCUAAGCGGAAAUGUGACAGCAGUACAUACAUAGAUCCCACUUUUGGGAUUACGACGCAAUUUUGAAAA